UGCAGCUGGGGGUCUCGUCUCACCGUGGACAGAAACAGACCGCAGAGUCCAGCUGUCGCUGGUUCUGGAUGUUCACAGAAACCGAUGAUGGUCAUGAUGGAGGUGAUGCAUCCUCUGCGACUCCAUCACCGCCCCCUCCUGCCGGGCUCGGUCAGGUGGUCCGUCACCAGGGACCAUCCAAUCACAGCGCCGCUUCUGUUAGUGCUGGUGUUGUACUACUAGCUCCAAGACUCACCCCGGAAGUGUCAGCGUCUCCAUCGGUUGAGCCACCAUCAGUGAAGACUGCGGCUCUCCAUCACCCACCAUGUCCGGACCUGGCUCCAGGUUGGCGGUGGAGUUUGACUCCUGGAGCUGCAGACAGUGAGAGAAGCUGUAGCCAUGAGCGAGGACCAGGAUGCCCUGGCUGUGGUCACCCAGCUGAAGGACUUGUCUGCUGACCCGCUGAAUCGGCGGGCCAUCGUUCAGGACCAGGGCUGUCUGCCGGGUCUCAUUCUGUUCCUGGACCAUCCCAACCCUCAGGUGGUCUACACCGCCCUGCUGGCGCUGAGGCACCUGGCUGAGUGUCGGGUCAACCGGGACCAGCUGAAGACCGAGCUGGGAAUGUUGUUGAGCCUACAGAACGUCGUACACAAGUCCACUACUCCCGGGGAGACCAAGCUCCUGGCCUCACAGGUCCUGGAGCUUCUGCAGGCAUCCGGCAAUGAGGAGGCUGAACCAGCCGAUGGGCCUGUGAGCAGCAGAAGGAGAGCCCGGUUCUUCUUGGGUUCCAGCAACAAAAGAGCCAAAACUGUGGUGCUGCACAUCGACGGCCUGGACGACUUGAGUCGUAGGGGUCAGUGUGAGGAGGCGCUGCUGAAGAUCCGUGGAGUCAUCAGCUUUACCUUUCAGAUGGCCGCGAAGAGGUGUGUGGUUCGGAUCCGCGCCGACCUGAAGGCCGAGGCUCUGGCCUCAGCCAUCGCGGCCACGCAGGUGAUGACCGCUCAACAGGUGCUGAAGACUGAGACCGGAGAUGAAGUCCUGGUUCCCUUCGCUCUGGAAGGUUCUUCACCUGAGGUGGAGCAGAACAUGAAGCUGCCCGACUACCUUCCAGAGGAUGAAGACCCGAACCAGGAUCCAGACCGGGCCGUCACUCACAUGAGCAGUGGUCAGGGAGGGGCAAGCUGGAUGGGUGCUGCUGCCAAUUUCCUCUCUCAAUCCUUCUACUGGUGACCCGCCGGGCCGCAUGGGUCUUCUUCAAGUUGUGUUGUGAUCCGGACCUGUGACCUGUUUAUUUCUGGUUUCAUGGUGUGUGCCUUUAAUUUCAGAUGUUCUCUUCGUCUCUCACGUGUCUCAUCUCCUCCCUCGCGGUCUGGUCCUGCUGCAGCUGGUGCAAGUUUGGCUCUGCAGGUCAGACGGCCUCCACCAGGUCUCUACACUGAUCCUCUCUGUGAGAUGGAGGGCUUUCUCUUGUGGCCUGAGCCGCACACAUUCCUCUUCUCGUAUUUGAAGACCCCUUGGAGUCGCUGUUUGUGUCACAAAAUAAAUAAAAGCAAGUCAAAA